GCGUCGCGUUGACUUUAUACUCAGUGUGUCGCAUGGCAAAUUGAAUACGCGUAUCAUUUUCGUUGGAAAAUCAAAUGUGUCUUUGGCAAAAUGAAAUAGCGCAUUGAUCAUCGAGGAAAAAUGUCUGCAGCGGAGGCUGAAACGGAGCGCGACGACGACACUGUGGCGGCUGAAAAAAAUUGGCCGCGAUCGCGGCAAAGGAUGAAAACCGCGCUCCACACCUCGUUGAUGUACCUCAGCACGUUCUCGGCGUUCGCCUUCUUCGCUUGUCCCCUUUUUUGGACGCUUCUCGUUUAUCCGCCUCUGUAUCAUCGAAUCAUCGAGUGGAUCGUCUCUUACUGGGAAUUGUAUCCCGUUGCGCUAAUGGGCAUCUUCGGGCCGAAAGUCUUGGUUUCGGGCGAUCGCAUAGUAGCGACGGAGCCGGCGAUUCUGAUCAUGAACCAUCGCACCGAGGUCGACUGGAUGUUUUGGUGGUGCGGCAUGUAUCAGGCCUGCUUGCCAAGAGUCGCCGUUCACAGGCUAAAAUUCAUCCUCAAAGACCCAUUGAAACACAUACCAGGACCAGGCUGGUUGAUGCAAAUGGGCAAUUUCGUGUUCGUCAAGCGUAACUGGCAGGAGGACAGGAGGAGCUUGGCGCGCUCGCUCGGCCACUUGUCCGUGCGCAGUCCCGCCUGUCAGCUGUUGCUCUUCCCGGAGGGCACCUCGUACCACUCGAGCACCAAGCGAUCGUCGGACGCCUACGCGGCCAAGAUGGGCCUGCCGAUCUAUCGUCGCGUUCUGCAUCCUCGCACGACGGGAUUCGGCUUCGUGGCUCGGCAUCGCUCGGAGCGCGCGAAUCUCGACGCGGUCUACGACAUCACCGUCGCGUAUCCCGAUCUCGUGCCGGAGCUCGGCGUGGAGUUUCUCAACGGAAAGGUGCCAAAAGUCAUUCAUUUCAACGUCGUGAGAAUAGGCAAGGAUCAAUUGCCGACCAACGAAGAGGAUUUGAAGACUUGGCUCGAGGAGAGAUGGCGACUCAAGGAGCGGCAAUUGGACAAGUUCGACAAGUAUAAAAAGUUCGAUUCGGAGAUUUGGCCGGAAGCGAAGGAGCGGGCUCCCCUCGUGGCGGCCUUGAUCUUUUGGACCUUCUGCUCGACUUUACUCUUGACACUGCUCGCGACAUCUUUUUACUUUCGCCUGUGGCUGCUCGGCUGGUCGAUCAUGUGCUUUUCCGCCUCUUACUGGACGAGCGGCUUGGAUCGUUUGCAAAUACAGUGGGACUCUGCGUGGACGUCUUUCGUAACGAGAAACAAAAGACGCCACCGCUGUGAAUGAUCAAUUUUUUGCCUUUGUUAAAUUUCAAAAUUGAAAUAAAAAUUCGAGUGCGACUCGCUUAUCAGCUCUUCGGCAACGAAAGACCUUAAAUUAUCC